GGCGGCAAAGUUAUUUAACCUUAAGUACUGUGUUGUUGCUGAUCACUUCCUGCACAUUUUUUUAGAUAUUAUAAAUUAAUAUGGAUAUAACGAGUUUAAAUAGAAAUUUCUGGCUGGAGAAUGAGCCUGAUUGCUUGGAAUUAUUGAAUAGCAAUUGGGAAAAGGUUCCUCUCCUGAAUUGCAAUGAUGCACAGCGUUUGCAAAGUGGCAAAUUGGUCAGAUUCAGAGGAAUGAUCCAAGACAUGUACAACCCUGAAUAUUAUUUGGAAAAGUGCAUGGUUGUAAAUAAAAACUCAGCAGAGUUAAAUGUUAUCAAUGGUAAAUAUAUUGAGUCCAUCCCAUGCAAGGAAAACGAAAUAAUGGAUCAUGAUAGCCCAAGUAAUGUUACCAGUGAGAGGCAGACAUUUGUUAUGAUCAGUGCUCCAGGCUUAAAUGAAUGGGCAAUAGAGAUGGAAAGCAUUAAUAAUAAAAUGGAUUUUCAAAGUGCCAUGCAAUCUGUAUCUUGCAAUUCCAAGAGAACCUUGGAUGAGGAUGAAAAAGAACUUGAAGUAGUUAAUUCACCAACUAAAAAACAGUGUUCGAGUAAACCCGCUCCAGCGCCAAACUCGAGUGUUUCUCAAGAACAUCUAUUGAAUUUUCCUCUUCCAAAUAGCUCUGGAAAGGCAUGCCACAUUAAAAUCUAUGAUAAAUCUGAUACAAUUAAGUUGAAUGACUUGAUUGAAGUUGUGGGUUUUCUGUGUGUUGAUCCUAUUAUCACGGAUUCAGAGGACGAUGUCGAAACGCAGACGCAUAAUCCACCAACAUCUCUGAUACCUAGAAUACAUUGUGUUCACUUCAAGUCUUUCACAAAACAUAAUUACAUGGGCAACUGCGUUUUAAGCAAACCAAUGGGUGUUGUUUUCAACGAAAUGUUAACAGUACUGACUCAAUUGUUAUUAGGAGAUUCUUUUGCUGCAGAGUAUCUCAUUUACAAUUUAAUUUCUGAAGUAUACAGUAGGCAGGAUUUUCUGCCAUUGGGUAAAUUUUGCUUAAAUCUUUCUAAUAUUCCGGUAGAAACGGUGAAUUUCGGAGAGGAAAUUUAUAAAAUCAUUGCAGAAAUAGUCCCGAAAAGCUAUUAUUUAUCCAUGACUUUGGAAAAUAUGAAUGAUCUUACAUUUAUUCCAAAGAAAGAUUAUGAUAGCAACAGAUUAACCAGUGGCAUUUUACAAUUAAGUGCGAAUACACAUUUGGUGCUUGAUGAGACCAAACUAUCUACUGGGAAAUUAAAUGAAGCUGGAGUGAGGGCUGUGAAUACAAUAGCAAACGCCAUUAAGAGUCAAACGAUGGAAUACGAUUUUGGAUACUACAAGAUGGAUUAUGAAUGUAAUAUUGCGUUUCUGAUUAUAUCAGAGGGAAAGUCUAUGUUGCCAAGUGAUUUCCACGUCCCUCUGAAACCUGUAAAUGAAUGCGUCCAAACAUUUGGGGAAAUUGUAGAUGCAGCGAAAGUGUACCUGAAUACUCAUCUCAAAGAAUUCAGGAUGUACUUAGACGUUGCGAGACGCAACAAAUACGAAUUAUGUCAAGAUAUUCAAGAGUCAAUUCAAACGGAAUUUGUAAAUAUGAGACAAAUCGCAAAUGCAACCAUCGAAAAUCUGCACAGUCUUUUAGUUUUGGCCAGGUUGAUUUGCUUGUCACAAGGAAAAGAGGCGCUCGAUGAACCUUCCUGGAGAAGAGCUUGCGAAUUGGAAACUGAGAGGCGUAUCAGGACAUCACAUUGAAUAAGAUAUUGUUAAUUAAGAACUCUUUCAUUAAAUUUAA